CUGCCUCCGGGAACAGCCCAACUUUAGGAAAAUGUAAACCCAAUGUUUAUACAAUCCGAAUGACAUCAUUUACCAAUCGCCUGCAAAAUCUGAUUACCUUCCUCUAUUCUCCAUUGCAAAUCUGGGCGAUACGCGCCGGCCAUCAAAUGCUCCUUAACAAAAGAUUUUCUACUGCAACUUCUUUUGGAAUCAGUUGGAGAACCACAAUCAAGCAAAACCAAUUGGUAUCUCAAAUCUCUUCAAUUCUCCUAGAAAGAAAAAACUGGAUCCCAUUCCUUGAGAACCUCAAUCUCUCCUCUAAGCUAACCUCUUAUGUUUUCCUCCAAAUCCUCCAUAAAACCCAAAUCCAACCUCAAAUCUCCCUCGAAUUCUUCAAUUGGGCUAUUUCCCAUCUUAAAUUCAAGCCAGACCUCAAAUCUCAAUGCCAUGUCAUCCAAGUUUGUGUCGGUUCGGAUCUUGUCCAACCUGCAAAGAACAUGUUGGAUUCUCUGGUUCAAGUCCAUCCUGCAAGUGUACUUGCGGAGAGUAUGUUUCAAGCUUGUAGAGGUAAAAAUUAUCAGUCUGAUGUGUUCAACUUUGUCCUUGAAUGUUAUUCGCAUCAGAGUUCGUCUAUGGGUGGUUUGGAGGUUUAUAGAAAAUUGAGAUUUAUUGGAUUUACUCCUUCAGUUAAUGCCUGUAAUGCACUCCUUGGUAAUUUUGAAAGAGAAGAAGAGACAAAAUUAGCUUGGUGUUUUUAUAGCGCCAUGAUUCGACUUGGGGUUUUGCCCAAUAAGUUUACUUGGUCGUUGGUUGUUCAUAUUCUUUGUAAAGAUAAGAAAUUUGUGAAAAUCGUUAAAUUGUUGGACAUGGGCAUUUACAGUUCAUUUAUGUAUAAUGCUGUUAUUGAUUAUUAUAGUAGAAGUGGGGAUUUUGAAGGUGCAUUUUAUCGCCUGAAUGAAAUGUGUGAUAGAAAAUUUGACCCUAGUUUCAGUACCUGUAGCUCCAUACUUGAUGGAGCUUGCAAAUGUAGAGAAGUUGAAGUAAUUGAGAGAAUAAUGUCAAUAAUGGUACAGAAAGAGCUGCUUCCUAAGCCUCCUUUAUCUGAAUGUAAUUCAAUUAUCCAAAAGCUUUGUCAUUUGGGAAGGGUGAAUGCUGCAACAAUGUUUUUCAAAGGAGCUUGUGAUGAGAAGAUUGGAUUGAAGGAUGCUACUUAUGGGUGUAUGCUAAGUGUUCUUUGUAAACAUGGAAGAGCAGAGGAAGCUAUUGGUUUAUACCGAGUAACAUCUGAAAGAGGUAUCACAAUAAAUGAUAGUGCUUAUCAUGCAUUUGCAGAUUUUCUUUGUGGGGAAUAUCAAUCUGAGGAAGGAUAUGGAAUACUGAAGGACAUGAUGAAGAGAGGUUUUAGUCCUAAUGCAUCUACUUUGUCUAAAUUUAUCUUGUUGCUAUGUAAUGAACAGAAAUGGAGAGAAGCAGAGGAGCUUUUGAAUGUGGUUCUAGAGAAAGGUUUAUUGCCAGAUGCAUUACCUUGUUGCUCCUUAGUUAAGCACUAUUGCUCCAGCAAACAGAUUGAUAAAGCUGUUGCAUUGCAUGAUAGGUUGAAGAAAAUGCGAGCAGGUUUGGAUGUAACAUCGUAUAAUACACUCCUUGAUGGUUUAUUUGAAGAUGGAAGGAUUGAAGAAUCAAUUCCAUUUUCUGCCUAUAUGAAAGAACUCAAGUUAGUGAAUAGUGCAAGUUUUGUAAUUGUAAUCCGUGGGCUGUGCCGUGCAAAGGAAAUGAGAAAUGCUAUGAAACUUCAUGAUGAAAUGUUGAAUAUAGGCCUUAAACCUGAUAGAGUAACGUAUAAAAAGUUGAUUCUGGAAUUCAAGCUAUAGAAUGACAAUGUCUUUCUUUUUAUCGUGUUA